AUGCGCUGGCUGCCGCGCGCCCUGGUGCUCCUCGCCGCCCGGGCGAACGACCCACCCGCCCGCGGCCGCCGCGGGCCGCGCCGCGCGUCGCGCACGCGCGCCGCGCUGGACAACCUGGCCCGGCCGACGAGCACCAGCGCGCCGGCCGUGCACCCCAUCGCGGACCCGACGGGCCUGCUGACGAACAAGGUCACGCUCUGGCGCAGGCUCGCGGCCUACUACGGGCGCGACGCGGCGUCGGCGCUCGCGCCCGCGACGUACGACCUGUCGGACCCUUCCGACGUCGAGCUCCUCCGCGCGGACCACGCGCCGGGCCGCGCCUACGUCGUCAAGAACGGCACGGUCCACGGCAAGGCCGGCCUCGCCUUCGGCGAAAACCUCGACUGGGUGCUCGGCGCGAAAGCCCGGGGCUUCGAGGUCGCCCAGGUCUUCGAGCGCGACGCGACGCGCGUCCGCGGCCGCGCGUUCAGCGUGCGCGCGUUCGUGCGCCUCGCCUGCGACGGCGCCGGCGGCGUCGUCGCGGGCCUCCACCGCGAGCUCAAGUGCCUCUACGGCGGCGACGCCGCCGCGGCGGCGACGACGAACCGCGGCUCGCCGGACCUCCCGCUCCGCCUCGCGGACCUCUGCGCGGACCUCGAUAUCGACGACCUCGGCGGCGCCGACCCCGCCGCCGUCGCCGGAGCCAUCGGGGCCGUGCUCGGCCGCGUCGUCGCCGCCGCCGCGCCGGGGCUCUGCGCGGGCGGCGGCCCCGCGGCGCGGCUCCUCGGCGCGGACCUGCUCCUCGCGGGGUCGCCGAAGGUCGUCGAGUUCAACGCGGGGCCGCGCCUCACGCCGGCGGACCGCGGCGACUUCGAGCUCAAGCGGCGCGUCGUCCGCGACUUCUUCGCCGCGGCCGACCCCGCGAAGCGCCGCGGGGACCCGGGCGCGCUCUUCGCGCGCGUCUUCCCGCCCUAG